UGCUCCAUAAAUUCCCUUUACACCAGAGACUGAAGCAUCCCAAUGCAUCAUUUCCCGAGCUCAACCCACCUUCCACAUCAAACUUUCUUCUUGUUCAGGAGUCAGGACAUUAGGGUUUGGUGCUGCUCCUCUAUCUGGCUUUCAACUCAAUCACUCCAAAAGAAGGGCUCUUGAAAUAUUCACAUCUUUCAGAUUGAAGUUUUCAAUUCCAUUUGCAACCCAUUUGCCCAUUUUCUUUGCAAAUCUUGCUACCACUUGAGCUUGUGUUUAAUCUUUUGUUUCUGCGUUCCAUCUGUAAUAGAUUAACAACCAUGAAAUUCCCAUUUCUCAACCAAAUCCCACACAAAUUUGGCUCUAUUUUCCAUUUCAUAGCCUACUAUAUCUGUAUUUCCACUCCAAGAUCUGCUGCCGGUUGUCCCCAACAUACCCAUUAACUGUUGCUGCCACUUGAGCUGGAAAAUCCACUCAACUAAACCCAGGGUUUGUUGCAGCUCUGUUUUCCAUUUCAUGAUUCGUUCUCUCGGGAACUCCUCGCCCUGAUCCAUAUUCACCUCGCCCUCUCUCUUCCGAUGUCCAAAGUUCUUGAAAGCGAAGAUGAAUCUGACUCACGUACCUUCAAGAUCCACACAACCCAUUACUUGUGGCCGACUCUAGCGAAACCCGUCAACCGGUCCGGCGAUUUCAUUGCGCCAAUGAAGCGGUCGGUCCGCCCUCUGAUAAGCAUUCUUCUGCUCGCCGUGUUCGCCGUCACAGUCAGCUUCCGUGCGGUGGUCGGCCGAGGUGCGCGCUCGGGCGCGUUCGGGUUCGACCUGAUCGACGUGUUGGCGCAGACGACGGCGGCGCCGCCAGCGCCUGUUUUCAACUCCACGCUGCUCAGAUACGCGGCGAUUGACAUGGGAGAGGCAAAAGCAAAGCACGAUAUAGAGCAGUUGUUGGAUGGCAACUUUGGUGGCCAGGGCAGGUACCGGACCUUCGCCGCUUGGCGAAGGUUCAAUCACCCUGAAGGCAGAGCGAGGUCCUCCAAUGGAAUACCGUUGUCGCUGCGGUCGCCGCAGAUUUAUCGGUACUGGUUGGAUUUCCGGAGAGUAUUGCAGGAAUGGGCUCGAAGGAAAGCGUUCUUCGAGCCGGAAAUCAUGUCGGAGUUGUUAAGACUAGUGAAGCAUCCCAUUGAUAAGCACAACGGUUUGGUGGGUUCGGACAAACGGUACUCGUCGUGUGCGGUUGUGGGGAACAGUGGGAUUCUCCUGAAGAGUGAUUACGGGGAGCUGAUUGAUAGCCAUGAGUUUGUGAUAAGAUUGAACAAUGCGAGAACAGGGGGCUUCGAGCGCAAUGUGGGGUGGAAGACCAGUGUUUCGUUUGUAAAUAGUAACAUUUUGCAUUUAUGUACGAGGAGGAAAGGGUGUUUUUGCCACCCAUAUGGCGACAAUGUGCCGAUCAUCAUGUACGUUUGUCAGCCGGUGCAUUUCUUGGACUAUACUAUGUGCAAUUCAUCCCACAAGGCUCCUCUGCUCGUCACUGAUCCACGGUUUGAUGUGCUGUGUGCGAGGAUUGUCAAGUAUUACUCCUUGAAACGCUUUGCAGAGGAGACGGGGAAGUCGUUGGAAGAAUGGGGGAAGGUUCACGAUGGGGCUAAUUUCCAUUACUCUUCUGGUAUGCAGGCUGUGAUGCUGGCUUUGGGAGUUUGUGAUAAAGUUAGUCUUUUUGGGUUUGGGAAAUCGGCUUCUGCUAAGCAUCACUAUCAUACCAAUCAGAAAGGAGAGCUUGGACUACAUGACUAUGAGGCAGAGUAUGCUCUGUAUCGAGAUGUGGUUGAGAGGCCGUUGGAAAUACCCUUCAUUUCUGGCAAGUUCAACAUUCCUCCUAUGGUAAUAUACCAAUGAUUUUUUGUGUGUUGAAAUUGGUUGAAUUGUUUGUCAGAUUUGAAUUGUUGUAUUUUUAUGUUGUAAAACCAGUUCUUCCCCAAUGCGAAAGUCAGAGGGGCACAAUUUGUUGAACAUCUCUGUUUCAUAUUCUGACCCUGUACUAUCAAAGGUAGUUUUGGGGUGAUACUACAAAUGUAAAACUUGAAUCCAUGAAUAUGAUUCACGUUUCGGGUUCUUAUCUAUAAUUCAUCAACUUUUUAUACACAAAAGCUACAUCAAUUCACUUGUC